AUGGACUUGAUUGACUGGGCCUAUGCUGCUGAAGGAGCUCUGGGCGUGUGCCCCCUCAGUGUCACAGUGAAGCUCUGCCAGCACAUUUACAAAGCAUAUCAGCUUGCCGAUAACUGCAUAGCAGCGUGGUCAUCUGGCGAUUACGUAUUAGUCAAAGGCGCUAACCUGGGUGAAGGCUCCUUUGGACAAGUUGCGGUCUGUAAGCAUCGGCGCACUGAGGAGGAAUGCACGGUCAAAAUGGUGCACAAGGAACGUAGGUCGACGCUGGUGGAAAUUGACAUGCUGAAGAGGACAGACAAUGCAAAUAUUGUCAAGCUUCGGGGCAUUUACCAACAAGGUACACUCAUGUACAUCGUCAUGGAAAAACAUGUCACUGACUUGGACAACGCAAUUCAGGACCCUGAUGGAAAGCCCAUGAAUGUGGCGCACAUCGCACGCCAGAUUGUUGCCUCCGUUCACUAUCUUCACCACAAGAAGCUGAUGCACCGUGAUGUGAAGUGCGAUAACUUUCUCAUGGACCGCAGCGACCUGUUGGACAAGCAGUGCAAAGUCGUUCUUGCAGACUUCGGCACGGCGUGCGAGGCCGAGCCAACUGAUCGCUUCACGGAGCAAGUGGGGACGAAGACGUACUGGUCGCCCCAGGUCUACGAUGCCAAUUACGGAACAGCGGCAGACAUCUUCGCUUUGGGUGUAGUUAUGUUUACGUUGCUCAAAGGCAGGUAUCCUUUCAACACCGAGAACAAAACGCGGGUCAUGAAGGUAUUCAUCCCCAAGGUUCAUGGAGCGGCAUGCGUUGACUUCACCCACAAGUUGCUCCAGAAAAUUGAGGAGGACCGCGUCACCGCUGCUGAGGCCAUGGCUCACGAGUACAUCGCUUAG